AUGGCCAUAAAUUUGAAGCAAUGGGAUGCCAUCACUGAAAUGGAUGAACACAAUAGGCCCAUCCACACGUACCAGGUAUGUAAUGUGAUGGAACCAAACCAGAACAACUGGCUUCGAACAAACUGGAUCUCCCGGGACGCAGCCCAGAAAAUUUAUGUGGAAAUGAAGUUCACGCUGAGGGAUUGUAACAGCAUCCCAUGGGUUUUGGGGACAUGUAAGGAAACAUUUAAUCUGUAUUAUAUGGAAUCAGAUGAUUCCCAUGGAAUUAAAUUCAAGCCAAGCCAGUAUACAAAGAUCGACACAAUUGCUGCUGAUGAGAGUUUUACCCAGAUGGAUUUGGGUGAUCGCAUCCUCAAACUCAACACUGAAAUUCGUGAGGUGGGGCCUAUAGAAAGGAAAGGAUUCUACCUGGCUUUUCAAGACAUUGGGGCUUGCAUUGCUCUGGUUUCAGUCCGAGUUUUCUACAAAAAGUGCCCCUUCACUGUUCGUAACUUGGCCAUGUUUCCUGAUACCAUCCCAAGGGUUGAUUCUUCCUCUUUGGUUGAAGUACGGGGCUCUUGUGUGAAGAGUGCAGAGGAGCGUGACACUCCCAAACUGUACUGUGGAGCUGAUGGAGACUGGCUGGUUCCUCUUGGAAGGUGCAUCUGCAGUACAGGAUAUGAAGAAGUUGAGGGUUCUUGCCACGCUUGCAGACCAGGAUUCUAUAAAGCAUUUGCUGGCAACACAAAGUGUUCUAAAUGCCCUCCACACAGUUUAACUUACAAGGAAGCAACUUCUGUCUGUCAGUGUGAAAAGGGUUACUUCCGAGCUGAGAAAGACCCACCCUCUAUGGCAUGUACCAGGCCACCUUCAGCUCCUAGGAAUGUGGUUUUUAACAUCAAUGAAACAGCCCUUAUUUUGGAAUGGAGCCCACCAAGUGACACAGGAGGGAGAAAAGAUCUCACAUACAGUGUGAUCUGUAAGAAAUGUGGCUUAGACACCAGCCAGUGUGAGGACUGUGGUGGCGGACUCCGCUUCAUCCCAAGACAUACUGGCCUGAUCAACAAUUCCGUGAUAGUGCUUGACUUUGUGUCUCACGUGAAUUACACCUUUGAAAUAGAAGCCAUGAAUGGAGUUUCUGAGUUGAGUUUUUCUCCCAAGCCAUUCACAGCUAUCACAGUGACCACGGAUCAAGAUGCACCUUCCCUGAUAGGUGUGGUAAGGAAGGACUGGGCCUCCCAAAAUAGCAUUGCCCUAUCUUGGCAAGCACCUGCUUUUUCCAAUGGAGCCAUUCUGGACUACGAGAUCAAGUACUAUGAGAAAGAGCAUGAGCAGCUCACCUAUUCCUCUACGAGGUCCAAGGCCCCCAGUGUCAUCAUCACAGGUCUCAAGCCAGCCACCAAGUACAUAUUUCAUAUCCGGGUGAGGACUGCAACAGGAUACAGUGGCUACAGUCAAAAAUUUGAGUUUGAAACAGGAGAUGAAACUUCUGACAUGGCAGCAGAACAAGGGCAGAUUCUCGUGAUAGCCACCGCAGCCGUGGGGGGAUUCACACUCCUCGUCAUCCUCACUUUGUUCUUCUUAAUCACUGGGAGAUGUCAGUGGUACAUAAAGGCCAAAAUGAAGUCAGAAGAGAAGAGAAGAAGCCAGUUACAGAAUGGGCAUCUACGCUUCCCAGGAAUUAAAACUUACAUUGAUCCAGAUACAUAUGAAGACCCAUCCCUAGCAGUCCAUGAAUUUGCCAAGGAGAUUGAUCCCUCAAGAAUUCGCAUUGAGAGAGUCAUUGGGGCAGGUGAAUUUGGAGAAGUCUGUAGUGGACGCUUGAAGACACCAGGGAAAAGAGAGAUCCCGGUUGCCAUUAAAACUCUGAAAGGUGGACACAUGGAUCGCCAAAGAAGAGAUUUUCUAAGAGAAGCAAGUAUCAUGGGUCAGUUUGACCACCCGAAUAUCAUUCGUCUAGAAGGUGUUGUCACAAAAAGAUCCUUCCCGGCCAUUGGGGUGGAGGCGUUUUGCCCCAGCUUCCUGAGGGCGGGGUUUUUAAAUAGCAUCCAGGCCCCGCAUCCAGUGCCAGGGGGAGGAUCUUUGCCCCCCAGGAUUCCUGCUGGCAGACCAGUGAUGAUUGUGGUGGAAUAUAUGGAGAAUGGAUCCCUCGACUCCUUUCUGCGGAAACACGAUGGCCACUUCACAGUCAUCCAGUUGGUCGGGAUGCUCCGAGGCAUUGCUUCAGGCAUGAAGUAUCUUUCUGAUAUGGGUUACGUUCAUCGGGACCUUGCUGCUCGGAAUAUAUUGGUUAAUAGCAACUUAGUAUGUAAAGUUUCUGAUUUCGGUCUCUCUCGAGUACUAGAAGAUGAUCCGGAAGCUGCUUAUACAACAACUGGUGGGAAAAUCCCCAUAAGGUGGACAGCCCCAGAAGCUAUUGCCUACAGAAAAUUCUCCUCGGCAAGUGAUGCUUGGAGCUAUGGCAUUGUCAUGUGGGAGGUCAUGUCCUAUGGAGAGAGACCUUAUUGGGAAAUGUCUAACCAAGAUGUCAUUCUGUCCAUUGAAGAAGGGUACAGACUUCCAGCUCCCAUGGGCUGUCCAGCGUCUCUACACCAACUGAUGCUCCAUUGCUGGCAGAAGGAGAGAAAUCACAGACCAAAAUUUACCGACAUCGUCAGCUUCCUUGACAAACUGAUUCGCAAUCCCAGUGCCCUUCACACCCUGGUGGAGGACGUCCUUGUAAUGCCAGAGUCUCCUGGUGAAGUUCCUGAAUAUCCUUUAUUUGUCACAGUUGGUGACUGGCUGGAUUCUAUAAAGAUGGGGCAAUAUAAGAACAACUUCAUGGCAGCAGGGUUUACAACUUUUGACCUAAUUUCAAGAAUGAGCAUUGAUGAUAUUAGAAGAAUUGGAGUCAUACUGAUCGGACACCAGAGACGAAUAGUCAGCAGUAUACAGACUUUACGUUUACACAUGAUGCACAUACAGGAGAAAGGAUUUCAUGUAUGAAAAGUACUAAAAAGCACCUGUGUUUUGUGCCUCAGCAUUUCUAGAAUGAAAGAUACCCUUUCUACUACCCUCUCUUAGGACUCUUCAAACAUCACUUCACAAACUGCUGUCUUCUGUUCAGACUAUAGGCAUACACCUUAUGUUUAUGCUUCCAACCUGGAUUUUAAAAUCAUGCUACAUAAGGCCUCUCUGAAUAACCUGCAGAUAAAACCCUGGCCCACU